UCUGUGGCGAAGCAUCAUAAAAGCAGAGAAGGGGCAUAAGGUCGCCGAGCCUACUCUACCUGCUUCAUCGCCUAGAGGUUGAAAGAGAGCAAGGACAGCGUCCCUGAAGCUGGGACCUCGGCGGCCUUCCAGGGAAGAUGAGGCUCCUCCUGCUCCUGCUGGCCUUCUGUCUCCCCCACAGGAUGAAGGCAGGGGAGAUCAUCGGGGGACAUGAGGCCAAGCCCCACUCUCGUCCCUACAUGGCCUUUCUUCAGAUCAUGAAUGGGGGUACUACAAAGAGGUGUGGUGGCUGUCUUAUACGAGAGGACUUUGUGCUGACCGCCGCUCACUGUUCCGGGAGCUCAAUAAAUGUCACUCUGGGGGCCCACAACAUCAAAGAACAGGAGAAGACCCAGCAGGUCAUUCCUGUGGUAAAAACCAUUCCACAUCCUGACUAUAAUCCUAAAGUCGUUGCCAAUGACAUCAUGCUGUUAAAGCUGAAGAGAAAGGCCAAGAGGACUAGAGCUGUGAGGCCCCUCAACCUGCCCAGGCGCAAUGUCCAUGUGAAGCCCCGGGAUGUGUGUUAUGUGGCUGGCUGGGGAAGGAUGGGCCAAAUGAGCAAACUCCCAAACACACUACAAGAGGUUCAGCUGACAGUACAGAAGGAUCAGGAGUGCGAGUCCUGCUAUCCACGUAAUUAUGAUAAAACCAUUGAGAUAUGUGCGGGGGACCCAGAAAUCAAGAAUGCUUCCUUUAAGGGGGAUUCUGGAGGGCCUCUCGUGUGCAACAAAGUGGCCGCAGGCAUCGUCUCCUAUGGACCCAGUAAUGGUUCACCUCCACGGGUCUUCACCAGAGUCUCAAGUUUCCUAUCCUGGAUAAAGAAGACGAUGAAACGCAGCUAGCUACAAGAAGCAGACUGGCUCCCUUUCUGCCUAGCCAUCUUCCCUACAGCUGAGUCCAGGAUUGCUCUAGGACAGAUGCCAGCAAGUGAAUAAAGGACUCAUUGCUGAAUGGAAAGACUGGUUUCAUGUCCAUCCACAGGGACCAACUUCGUGCAAGGGAGCCUGCCUUUAGGCUGUGACAACCCAGCUGACUUCUUCCUGUUGAAGUUUACCCUCUCCAUGAGAAAAACAGAAAGUUUGCCUUUGACCCAGGCAUGUACGUUCCUCCUCUGCCCUGAGAAGGUUAUUUAAUGCAAGUCAUCAUUAGUAGCCACAGGAUUUUUAUACAAUUUCACCUUAAGUAGCUGCUGUGUUCCCCAAAAUAGAGCAAGAAAUGAAUGAAUAG